GGGGAAAUACGGUUUAUAUACCCCGCGAAAACAUAUUUGGCAUCAUAUAUAGUUUAACCUCAUAGAAAGUAACAACUUAAAAGGGACGAAGUCGUAAAUCGCUAUGGAUACAUUGAAUAUAAAACCGUUAAGUAAGGCCAAAGAGUGGUCUCCGGAGGCGUCAUUGGGCGUGGAGGCUGCUCGGGAGAUGGCUGUACAGUCUCCCGCCGAGAUGGCAUCAACCUCGAGCGAGGAGCGCGCCAUACGCCGCGUUAUGGGCCGUUGGGGCGCUGAGUGGUUGAGCUGACUCGGCUCCGGGUAUCAGAAAACCGGGCCCCAGUGGCCCACCGGACACCCCCUGCCGCCGCCACGGUGGGGGGGCCCGCGCCCCGCUUUGCACCUCUCCUUGCAACAGUACGAGGACCUGGUCGCAAAAGCCGAGGCGAUACUGAGCCGACUCGCUGUCUCUGAGAACUAUGAUUCUGUCAAUAACUUCAUCACGCUCUACGACUCGUACAUGGCUGCCCCUGACGAAACCCUGGCUGAAUUCUUCCCAAAGUACAAUCCACCGAUACGCGCACACAAACAUACCUGCGUCGGUCUGGGGAUGGAAACGAUGAAGCGUUUAAAGGCCCUGGAGAACGAUUUCCCCGGUAUCUCCAAGUCCAUGAUGCUGGUAUCCUGUGACGAAAACAUUCAAGAUCUAGGGGACUACGCUACAGCAUUCCCAGGACCGCAAGGGUUCUUAAUCGAAACAGAGAAAGACCAUGUAAUGCUUUGCAUCCAUGUAAGGGUAGCGGGAAGACAAGGGGUGUUUCUGUCAGAUUUGGGGUACCAUGUGUCACGAGUUGUCACCGUCAUGGCGGAUAGGUGCUACCCACAUACAGGCUGGUUUACUCAAUCCGACGAGCCACACAGCCGGAAGGAGUAUAACUAUCAAUUCAACCUACAGAACAGCAACUAUGUGGAGUGGCAUGAGCGUGAUACUAGAGGGACAAGUGUCAAAGAGCGUCUGUCAUUGAUCUACGUCGCCAAACCGUAUCUCACCGCUGUCAGCGUUACAGAGAAGAGGAACCUCGUAUGGGACUUAAGGAGUCUUCUAGCCAGAAACCCGAAAGGACACUUGACAGCUGGAAUCUACUUUCCAGUGAAGGAGAAGGACCAGCAGUUCACGAUGUUCUUCGACGGCACUAAUGGCAAGCAGCGCAAGAAACUAAAGUUCGAAUCCUUCUUAGAGCUGCAAAAGAUCCCAGACGAAUUAGUUGACGAAGUGGAACAAUGUAACGAACAACUUAGAAUGCGCGACGGUGAGCUCCUGUCCAUUCUCAAGAAGCUGGCCAGCAUUAUGUCAGACCAGGAGUACAUGAAGGAGCUCCUGGAAAUCAACGGCAAGAUUGUUCAUCUAUCAGCGGGGGAGUAAUUUAGAUGUAGAUGUAGCCUUGUAGUCGGCUCAUGGGCUAAUAAAUAGUAGAAAAGUAAAA